CCCAUUUGUUCAGUGCUGCAUGCAGUUCGAGCUGGCGCUGGUGCUUGCUGUCACCGCCAUGAGUUGGUUGGUCGUUCGUCUGGUGCGGUGGUCUGUCGGGCACGCCGCCUCCGUUCCUGCCCGUCGACCUGCUUCUGCAACCAGGCAUCGCUCGGCGUUCGUUGAUGCCCUCUCCAGCGGCGACGAGGGCGAGGGCGAUGCGAUCCCGACCGCCGCUGCAGCCGCCGCGCUCCGCGUUCGUGAGGUGGAGCACGCGCGCCAUCAUGAUCUGUGUGCCCAUGGCGAUCGCACCCACCAGGGCGAUUGUGUGGAUGGCCACAAGCGUCCUAUUCCACGAGACUACUCGCGCUUGCUCAUGUCGCUGGGCGGCGUUGAGACGGAAGUGCUCCAUUUUGCGGCCGCAGACUUGUCUUCAGCUAUUACGACAGCCACUGCUGCUGCGGCUACUACGACUGCCCAGAAACCAUCCAGCAGAGCUGCAUCGAGUCGCAAGCAGCAUAGCAAAACGAUCGCCGUCAUGAUUCCGGGCAAUCCAGGUGUCGCCGAAUUCUACUUGCCGUACAUGCGCCAUUUGUGGACUGCUUCUGAGCACUCUGUGGAUGUCGUGGCGAUUUCGCAUGCCGGCCACAGUAUUGCCUCGGCGAACAAUGGCCGUUUGUUCAGUUUGGAGGAGCAAAUUGCACACAAGGUGGACUUUGUUCGCGCAUUGCUGCGCAACGGCGGUGUCAACAACUUGGACAAGUCCAAUUCCGAACCGGACAACGUGCAGUUGGUGCUCAUGGGUCACUCUGUCGGCGCGCACAUUUGCCUCAAGGUUUUGCAGCGGCUGAGUGCGCAAGAGCGGACGCGCGUCUCGCUCACCACCUUGCUCUUCCCGACCAUCCAGUACAUUGGCAAGACGCCGAAUGCGGCCCGCAUCGGUCCCCUCACCAAGAUUCGUCCCGUGCUGGCGCAUAUUGUAGGCUUGGUGGACAUUUUCGUGCACUCUGCCAUCCGCCAGACGCUCGUGCGCAUGUUUAUGGGCCAUGGCGAAGAGGUGGAGAUUUUGCAUGCGGUUCGCAACCUGAUUUGCCGGUCAACCAUCUCAAACGUGCUGUACAUGGCAGCGCACGAGUUUGAAGAGAUUGGCGAUUGGGACUCGCGUGUCAUCCAAGCCAACCUGGACAAGCUCGUGUUCUAUUAUGGCCGCACGGACGGCUGGGUGCCGUUGUCGCAUUUUGAUCGAACGCGCGAGACCUUUCCUGCCGCCCGUGCCAUCCUUUGCGAGCGUCAACUCAAGCAUGCCUUCGUCCUGGAAGGCGGGUCUGAGCAGAUGGCCGAGCUAGUGUAUGAUUGGAUUCGCAGUUCGAAUGGAGCCUCUUCAAAGAAAUGGCAAUGAAUAACGAACGGGGUUAUUUGAUUGUUUGUUUGAUUGUUUGUUUGUGUGAUUGAUUGUUUUUCGAUUGGUUUUUUAAUUUCAAAAGGGA